GGUGCGGUUGCCCAAAUCAAAAUGAAGCGAAUUAUAAUAAAUCUAAUUGUGAUACUCUUAGCACAACAUUUCUCUGCUGCUGCAGCUUUUGGUGACGAGACUUGUGCACUGAAUCGAGAAAUGGAACAACAGUGCCGCAGUUAUACUUACUCCGUUAUUAAGCCUAUGCUAGAUUACUUGCGUCAAGUGAGCGAAGAUUUAAUGAAAAGUGAAUCGAAGGAUAGAAUCAUAAAGGACUUGAGAGAACAGCUAGUUCAGCAGGAGAAUAAUAUAGAAUUGAUAAAAGAAUCACAGGAAAAUAAUGUGAAAUUGAUAAAAGAAUUGCGAUCUCAAAUCGAUCUACAAAAUAGAAUAGAUGGUCUAUUAACUGAGAGCAAUAAUAAAUGCAAGGACGAAUUAGCGAGUCAAACCAAGAAGUUGGCUAGAUUUGAAGUUGAACUGAAUCAAUUGAAUUCCAGUCAUAUGGCAAAGAGUAUCGAAAUAGCUAAUUUGAAUACCAGCAAUAAAUAUUUAGAAUUGCAAUUAAAAUAUCAGAAAAACGACAUACAAGUAAUAAAGAGCAAUCUUAAUUUAUGUGAAAAUAAAGUAGAGAAAUUAAGUAAAUUGGAGUUGCAGAUUAAAGUGCAGCGUGAUAGAUUAAUAGUAGAAUCAAACCAUUUUGAAGUAUGUAAAAAGGAUUUAGCAGAUAAAUCUAACAAAAUCAAUAUAUGUGAGGUUCAAUUGAGAAAAGUAAAUUCCAGUCUUAUUGAAAAAGAUGAAUUUAUUUCAAGAAAUAGCGAAAAGAUCUUAGGCUUGACAAUUAAGGUGGAAUCAAAUGAGGUGGCAUUAAAGGAGUGUCAAUCAGAGUUACUAAUUAAAGAAAGAGAUAACCAGUUAUGUCAAGCAGAAGUUCAUAAAUUAAAUAAUCUUCCAUCAGAUUGCCUUGCAUUUACUGAAAAUCCUGGUAUUCACAAAAUCAAUGUUUUGGGCUUUGGUUCUUUCGAUGUUCUGUGUAGAAAUGAUCAGGUAGACUCAGGUUGGUUAGUCAUACAACAAGGAGUUAUUCAUGAAAAGGAGAGUUUCAAUAGGGAUUGGGCCGCUUAUCGUGAAGGAUUUGGUUCCAUGCAAGGCGAUUUUUUUCUGGGACUGGAGAAGAUACAUCAACUCACGAAAUUGCGACGACACGAGCUUUAUAUUCGUUCCACCUUAGUAAGUGGCGGAGGGCGUGGGGCAUCUUACUUGGAUUUUAAAAUAUCUGAUGAAGAUAAUGGAUACGCGCUGAAGUUGAAAGACUCUACUAUUAACCACUUACAACUCUAUUUCACGGAUGGCAUGAAAUUCACAACACACGAUCGCGACAAUGACAAUAAUGGGCGUGUAAAUUGUGCUGUUCAUUUCGGUUUUGGCUGGUGGUACAACAAUUGUGAUUGUGCUGAAAACUAUGUAUUUUGUAGUUCGAUUAAGGAAAUGAUAAUGCUAAUACGCCCCAUAUAG